AUGAAGCAUCUCAUUGCUGUAGGGGCUUGUUACCUGGAUACGAUCCUCACGAACGUCACCUCUACUGCUGUUCCCUUCUUCCCAUCCGAAGACUCCAAGUUACGUGCCACCAGUCUCAAUAUCCGACGUGGAGGCAACUGUCCCAACUCUCUUCAGGUCUUAGAGCAAUUACUCUCCGAGCGCGACACCCUCCAGCUACAUCUAAUAUCACCCCUCCCCGCUGCAGCGUCGUCCGCAACACAGCGUGUUAUAUCGUCGUUCGGUGCACAGUCGAACAUUGACUUCAGCCACUGCGUUUAUCGUGAGGAGAGCAUGGAGGCGGCAAGCAGUUACAUCAUGCGUAGCGAGGCAUCGGGUAGUCGCACGCUUGUCAAUUACAAUGGCUUAUUAGAAAUGACCGAAGACGAGUUUGGCAACAUCGCGCGAGGCUUCAACCCGGACCAGGAGACAUGGUGGCACUUUGAGGUUGGAUGCAGACGUGGUAUCCUCUGCCCGGUAAUUCUAGGCUGA